AUGGCUGUCGAGACACCUCAAAGCACCAAGCGGAAAGCGUCGGAGGAGGCAGCUUCCCCGGAUUCCCAACAGCAAACCAGCAAGAAAGCGCGAACUGAUUCCCCAGAGAAAGAGGACGAUGGGCCAUUACGAAAACCUCCACUGCGCAUUGUGCCGUUCCCCGAGAAGCCCGCAGUUUUGGAGGAGCGCCGAGGUGAUAUCGAGUUCCGAGUCGUGAACAAUGACGGAUCGCACGACAGCUUCAUCGUCCUGACGGGCCUGAAGUGUAUCUUCCAGAAACAGCUCCCAAAGAUGCCCAAGGAUUAUAUUGCGCGACUUGUCUAUGACCGAUCGCAUUUGUCCAUCGCCAUCGUGAAGCAUCCGCUGGAGGUUGUCGGAGGAAUCACCUACCGACCUUUUAACAGCCGUACCUUUGCCGAAAUUGUGUUCUGUGCUAUUUCCUCUGACCAGCAAGUCAAAGGAUACGGUGCGCAUUUGAUGUCCCAUCUCAAGGACUACGUGAAAGCCACAUCCCCCAUCAUGCAUUUCCUCACCUACGCCGACAACUACGCCAUUGGGUACUUCAAAAAGCAAGGAUUUACAAAAGAAAUCACCCUCGAUAAGUCGAUUUGGAUGGGCUACAUUAAGGAUUACGAAGGCGGUACCAUUAUGCAGUGCACUAUGUUGCCCAAGAUUCGGUAUCUCGAAAUGGGCCGGAUGCUCGUGAAGCAGAAAGAGGCCGUGCAGGCCAAGAUUCGCGCAUUUAGUCGGUCCCAUAUCGUCCAUCCUCCUCCCAAGGAGUGGAAGAAUGGGGUCACCAAGAUUGAUCCUCUCACCAUUCCCGCAGUCAAGGAAUCUGGAUGGUCGCCUGAUAUGGAUGAGCUAGCUCGUCAACCUCGCCAUGGGCCCAACUACAACCAAUUAUUGCACUUGCUGAAUGAUAUGCAAAACCACAGUGCCGCCUGGCCAUUUACCCAACCAGUGAACCGUGAUGAAGUGCCCGACUACUACGAGGUGAUCAUGGAACCAAUGGAUUUGUCGACUAUGGAAGAGAAGCACGAGAAGGAUAUGUAUCCAACUCCGCAGGACUUCAUCAAGGAUGCGAUGUUGAUCUUUGACAAUUGCCGACGAUACAACAACGAGAACACUCCAUACGCCAAGAGUGCCAAUAAGCUUGAGAAGUUCAUGUUCCAACAGAUUCGGAAUAUUCCAGAGUGGUCGCAUCUUGCCGACGGACAUUAA